CUCCUUGAGGCCUACAUGAUGUAGUGAAGUGACAUGAUUUAUAGUGUCGUGUUUUUGUCUUUUGAGACAGGGUUCAUGUAACUUCCUAAAUCCUAGGAUUCAGGCAUGUGUUUCUAUUUCUAACUGGUAAUUCUGUUUUAAAGGGAAUGGAUGCAAUUUUGUUGUAAAAUUUUCUGUUGUAUUUAGGUGCUAUUGAAUUAAUUUCAUUUGUCCUUAUUAAAUAUUGGCCUAACCAAAAUAUUACAAAGAACUGUGAAGCAAAAUAAGCUUGCUUCACACUUUCCUGUCUUUAUAACCUAAUCUGUCACUGAUUUUAAGACUGGUGUGUGUGUGUGUGUGUGUGUAGGUGCAUAUGUGUUGGGGCCAGAGGUCACCCUUAGGUCACCCUCAGGAGCUGUUGUCCUUGUCUUUAUUAUAUUUUUCUUUUUUUCCUAUCUUGUCUUUUGAGACAGGGUUUCACUGGAUCCAAGACUCACUGAUUAGGCUAGGUCAGCAGGUCGACAAACUCCAGGGAUCUACCACCUCCUCCUGAGUUUGGAUUAUAUACAUGCCAUCACACCCAGUGUUUUCUGUGGAGCUAAAGAUUGAACUCAGGUCCUCAUGGUUCUGCAGUUUUAGUUUACUGACUGAGCUAUCUUCUCAGUACCUGGAGAGGUAGUAUCUGAACACAUCUGCCUGAAAUAAAAUAAAUCUGGAUAGUAUUUUCCAAGUGGUUAAACAUUUUUUUUUUUUUUUCCUGGUGUAGGAUGGGACUUCAUUUUUGCCUUCUGUUGAGCUCUUUGCUGAAAGGGUAGUUUGGUACAUCCAGAGUACUUGAACCUAUUUCACCUCUCUUGAGCUUUUCUCUGAGUGAUUAGUUUCUUCCAACUCCUAUGCUUGCCUCUAGAUUAUAAUACCUUUGCAUUUUUGUGUUUUUGUGUAUAACUUUUAAACAAAUCCCUUCCUACAUUUACUUCUUGGCAAAAAGAAUUGUAGUGGAGCAAUGGAAAAUUAGUUGUACUCUGCUGAAGUGCUCUAAACAGAGGAAAAAUAAUUAGUUUGAGGUCAGAAAUGAGUUGAUUGAGAGUGCUGGUAAGUUCAUGCAAAUCUACACUGCAAUCAUUAAAAGGAAUAAACUGAACUUUCCAAAUUAGAAAUACAAGAGGAACCAGGUGUGAUACAUUCAGCACUGAGAAGUCCAUGUGUUAAAAGCCAGCGUGAGCUCCAUGGUGAGUUCCAGGUAAACUUGGGGUACAAGAUUCAGCCUUAAAAAACAAAAAUCAAAAUUACAAAAAUAAAACCAGAAAUAUACCUGGCUUAAAGUAGAUAGUUGUUAGUAAACAUUAAAGUUAGGUUUCAAGUAUUCUCCUGGAAAGUAAUUUGGAUUAUGUUUCUGAGCUUAACCCAGGAAGCAAUGUGUAUUUAAAGUAUAUGAUUGAUUAGCAAUACUAAAAAUUGUGAGCAAAAUCAUGAAUAAUACCCCUGUCUUAAAUGGGAUCCAAAACCUAGAAUGAAAUAAACCAUUUCCUGCUUUUGGAUUUUGGAGACAGGGUCUCGACAUAUAGCCCACUCAGACCCCAGAAGAUCUUCCUGACCUAGUUUAGGGUAACUGGUGCACUGCCAUUCACAGUUCAUGUCACUUUGACACUGUCAUUUACUCCCAGAAGUGAUAGGAAUUUGUUUGCUUAUUGGUUUGCUUAUUGGUUUAUUCCAUUCCACAGAGUCUUUUAUGAACUUUGGACCCUCCUGCCUUCACUUCCCAAGUAUGCUAGGGUUAUUAGUGUAAGACAGGUACGUUUCACCAUGCCCAGCAUUUGCAUUGCUGGGACUUGAACCCAAUGCUUUGAUCAUACUACAGAAGUCUUCUACUAACUGAGCUACAUCCCUAAACUCCUAGACUGUUUCUUCACUGAUGUCUCUAGUCCUGACCAAAAAAAAGUGUUAAACACCAAUGUUCAUUUCCUCUUUUAACUUUGGUACUUGCUGCUUGUUCAAAAGAAUUAGUUUUGAAAACAAUUUGAAAAUAAUUGUAGCCACAAGAAGUGCAAAGUUAGUAUAGAGGUCUCUUGGGUCUUUAUCUGCUUUGCCCUCACAAAUUAAUUUUAUUUACUUAUUUUGUGUAGUGCUGGGGAUCUAUGCCAGGCAUGUCCAGGCAAGCCGUGAGCUCUAACCUAUGCCCUGUGUAUGUGUGGUGGUGGUGGUGGUGGUGGUGAUAGAAAUUUGCAAUAUAGCCUAAGAUGUCUUGGAAUCUAGAUUCUCCUAUCUCAGCUCACCAUGAACCAUCAUGUCUGGCAGACUUGUUUUUUGAGCCAAAGAUUGAAUCCCUUGAGCCUAGCACAUACUCUGCCACUCAGCUGUGCCCCUGUCAGAAUCUUUCUGUGGUAAUUAAAGACUAAAGAUGGGAUGGGUUAGAAUGAGUCACCAAUGUCUAAGUGCUGUGCCACACAUGGAGAAGACACUCAGCAUACCACCUAGUUAUUGGAGCAUUUGCAAGCAGUUCUUCAAGAGGAUUCCAUUCCACUUUUCCUUUGCACCCUCGCUCCUUUCCCUCUGCUGAGAUUGUUCCUUGUUGAGCAUUGAUGUGAGACAUAAAUGUCUGCAUUUCGAAAAACCUAAGUAACCGUGCUCAUGCACAGUUCAGAUUAUACUUGUAUUUAGGGAAGACUUAAGAUUCAGUGCCAUGGCACAGAGCGGGAUUCUGUUUUCAAGUCCUCCAGGGGAUUGUGAUGAAGAUUUUCAUUGACAGAACUUGAAAAAUUAGAUUUUAAAAAGAUUGUGAUCAUGUUGCUGCUUUUUUUUUCUUUGGCAGUGCUGGGGAUCAAACAUGAGGCCAGGGCCCUACACAAUAUACCCAGUCCUUUGCUUAUCAACCCAGUAUCUCACUGUGUGUUCCAGGCUGGCCCCAGCCUUGAUACCUGGGACUACAAGUUUGGGCCCCAUGGGAUCCCUGUGACAGUAUUUCCCAAAAGGGAAUAUAAGGACAAACCGGACGCCAUGCAGCUCCAAAGUAACACAUUCCAAGAAGGGAUAGAAGUCAAGCGGGAAGUGAAUGGUGCUGUUCCCGAUGACCUUUCUCCAGUCCCUCCUCCUGAGCGCCUGUGGACUUCCAAACCACCUCCUCUCUUCCACGAAGGAGCACCUUAUCCUCCCCCCUUGUUUAUCAGGGACACAUAUAACCAAUCAAUACCUCAACCACCUCCUCGGAAAAUUAAGCGACCCAAACGAAAAAUGUACAGGGAAGAACCCACUUCAAUAAUGAACGCAAUUAAGCUACGGCCCAGGCAAGUCCUGUGUGAUAAGUGUAAAAGCAGUGUUGUUGCAGAAAAGAAGGAAAUUAGGAAAGGUAGCAGUGACUCUUCUAGGUAUGAAGAUAAAAAACGGAGAAAUGACAGUGUAGCUACUGUGAACAAAAAACUGAAAACUGACCAUAAAGUGGAUGGGAAAAACCAAAACGAAAGCCAGAGAAGGAACGCUGUGGUGAGGGUUUCCAGUAUCACUCACAGCAGAGGCAGAGUAGUCAAGGUUUCUGCUCAGGCAAAUACAUCAAAAGCUCAGUUAAAUACCAAGAAAGUGCUCCAGAGCAAGAACAUGGAUCACGCAAAAGCUCGGGAAGUUUUGAAAAUUGCCAAAGAAAAGGCACAGAAGAAGCAAAGUGAAACCUCCACUUCCAAAAACGCACACUCGAAAGUCCAUUUCACACGUCGGUAUCAGAAUCCUAGCUCAGGGUCUCUCCCACCUCGAGUGCGUUUAAAACCACAAAGGUACAGAAACGAAGAAAAUGACUCUUCUCUGAAGACGGGACUGGAGAAAAUUCGGAGUGGCAAGCUGGCCCCUAAGCCGCAGUCUCGAUGCACCUCCACCCGCUCAGCAGGUGAGGCCCCUUCAGAAAAACAGAGUCCCUCAGAAGGCCCGGAAGAGCCCGCCAGUGAGGUUCAGGACACAAGCAGAGUGCAUGUGCCUGGUGAGCAGGAGGAACUGUGGACGUUGGGCAAAAAAGGCAGCAGAAGCAGUAUAUCUGUUUACCUGACCCUAAAUCAAGAGAAAUCAGACUCUUCCAGUGCUUCAGUGUGUAGCAUUGAUAGCAUGGAUGAUUUGAAAUCCUCCAACUCUGAGUGUAGCUCUUCUGAGAGCUUUAUUUUUCCUCCAGGCUGUAGGCACGUACCUUCUGCCUCUUCUACUUCUACUUCCUCCUCUUCAAAGGAAGAGGAAAGCCUCAGUAAUUCCUUGAAAAUGAAAAUCUUUUCCAAAAAUGUCUCUAAAUGUAUCACACCAGAUGGCAGGACCAUAUGUGUAGGGGACAUUGUUUGGGCCAAGAUAUAUGGCUUCCCAUGGUGGCCAGCCCGUAUUCUUACCAUAACUGUGAGCCGGAAAGAUAACGGCCUUUUAGCCAGGCAGGAGGCCCGUAUUUCAUGGUUUGCAUCUCCAACAACAUCUUCCCUUGCUCUCUCACAACUCUCCCCCUUUCUAGAAAACUUCCAGUUACGGUUUAAUAAGAAGAGAAAGGGUCUGUAUCGCAGGGCUAUCACAGAGGCAGCGAAGGCUGCUAAACAGCUGAGCCCUGAAGUGCGGGCUUUGUUGACACAAUUUGAAACGUGAACAUGGACAGUAAGGUAGGCGAGAACCACUGGAGCUGCUGCAGAUCCCUGGCUAGUUAGGAAUCAUUUCCACCAGCUAGCCUGGCCAAACUGGAGAGAAAUUGCACUCAGUUGGCUUUUUAUAUGUAAUAUAUAGCCAUUUUUAGACUAAGAAGCUUAAAACUGAAACAUGCUUCAAAUUUUCUUUUAAAGAAGUAGGAUUUUAGGAAUAUUUUCCAGUUUUGAAAUCUAAAACCAUCCUAAGGCUUAAAAGCCAUAGCCUCAAAUGAAACAAUUUUUGCAGGGACUGUUAAUUUCCAUUUAUAGCUAUUGUGUGUGUAUGUAUAUGUAUGCAUAUACAUGUAUACACAUACAUACACAUUUUAUAAACUAUUGUCUGUCACCAUGUGACAUGGGUUGCAUAUUUGGGGUUUUAGUAAGGGCUGGAGCUUGGGGAACAGUGGAUAUUCAAUGAUUACUUGUUUUAUUUAGUGAACACUUAGACUUUCUAUGCACAUAAGGGUAUAAAAGUUUGAUAUUAGGUAUUUGAGAAACAGAGAUGCUUGCUAUGACAAAUUGGGAUGCUUGCUGUUUAGUUAUAGACCAGGCUAUACACAUUGCCCAGUAUUUGGAAUUAAAACUAUUAAGACUAGACAAGUUUGAGUCACCACUCUCUUGUCCAGUGAGGUUGUAAAACAAACUUUCAGAUAUUUGGUUGGGAAGUUUAGAUAGGUUUUAUUUGGAGUAUAUAAAUAGUUGAGUGAAACUUCAGUCAGAUUUCUCUUGACUGGCUGUUCCUAAAUUCUUAGGAUAGGCCCUAGCAAUUUACACUUUGUGAAUUAAUGUCAUGUAUAAUUGUUGCAUUUUGGAUGUACCUAAUUUGAUAGUUUUUAAGAAGCAUUUUCCAUUUAAGGUAAUCUGUUUGCAGGUCAGAAAAUGAGAAAUGUAAUUGUAUAAUGCAUUGAAAUGUAAAAAAAAAGUUGUAAAUAAAAUCAACUAAAUCCAAA